UUUUCAAUAGAUGAUCUCUGAUGUGAGCCCGUUGUGAGAACCAAAGAACCGGAGAACCGGAGAACCGCCGCGGCAGCAGGAUGGGCAAGAAGCAGAAGAAAUCCGGAGAGGACAGCUCCAAAGAUGACGGCGUGGACAUCGACGCUCUGGCUGCAGAGAUCGAAGGAGCCGGAGCCCAAAAGGAGCCGAAAGGAAAGAAGAAGAAGAAAGGAGCCAAGAAGGAGGACUUCAAUGAGGACGACAUCCUGAAGGAGCUGGAGGAGUUGUCUCUUGAGACUCAGGGAGGUAAAGCAAAGGAAGCUGUGGAGAGCGUCGAGCCUCCCAAACCAGAGAAGAAGAAGACCAGGAAGGGGAGGAAAGGCGGGGCCGGCCCUGAGGAUGAGGAAGAUGAAGGACGAGAACCUCAGGCUGAUGAAGAGCAGAGGAACGGAGAGCAGAAAGACAACAAGAAGGCUCCUCCCUCCGACUCCGAGGAGGAAUGCUCACGGCCUCUCCAGACCAAGGGAGGCCCAAAGGAAGAGGAGGACCAAGACCUGAGAGGAGGAGGAGGAGGAGGAGGGGAGGAGGAGCACGGGUCAGAAGAUGACAAGGAGGGGGAGUUCACCUACAGGACCGAGAAGAAGAAGAACAAAGGUAAAGCGAAGCCGGACAGCGAGGAGGAGGAGGAGCCGGAGGAAGAGGAGGUCGGAGGCUUCAAGAUGAAGACAGCGGCGCAGAAGAAGGCAGAGAAGAAGGAGAGGGACAAGAAGAAGAAGGAGGAGGAGAGGAUGAAGCAGAAGAAGCUGAAGGAGAAGGAGGAGCCACAGAAGGAGGCGGAGAAGAAGGAGCCGGAGGCCCUGCCCCCUCAGGAAGCUCCACCUGCAGCAGCGGAGGAGGAACAGGAAGAGGCGGAGCCAGCAGGUGAAGAGGAGGUUGAAGGCGACAAGAAGAAGAAGAAGAAGAAGAAGGGGGAGAAGGAGGAGAAGAAGAAGGGACCCAGCAAGGCCACGGUGAAGGCCAUGCAGGAGGCGCUGGCCCAGAUGAAAGAGGAGGAGGAGACGGCCAAGAGGGAGGAGGAGGAGCGCCUGGUGAGGCUGGAGGAGAUGGAGAAGGAGAGGCUGGAGCAGGAGCGCCUGGAGCAGGAGCGCAAGGAAAAGAAGAAGCAGAAGGAGAAGGAGAGGAAGGAGCGCCUGAAGAAGGAGGGCAAGCUGCUCACGAAGACCCAGAGGGAGGCGCGGGCUCGGGCCGAGGCCAUGCUGAAGCUGCUGCAGGCGCAGGGUGUUGAGGUUCCAUGCAAAGACUCGAUGCCGAAGAAGAAGCCGGUGUACGGGGACAAGAGGAGGAAGAAGCCGAGCGUUCAAACCCCUGAAGAAACCUCAAAGGUGACUCCGCCCAUCUCGGAGACGCCCGAGCCUGUCGCCAUGGAGACGGAGGCUGAGACGCCGGCCGCGGAGCUAGAUGUGAAACCGGAGCCGGCAGCAGACGACUGGGAGGCCAUCGCCACUGACGAGGAGAAAGAGUUGAAGAAGGUUCACAUCGAGGUGAAGGAGGACAGCGCUGCUCCUCCUCCUCCGGGCAGCGACGAAGACGAGGAGGAAGAGGAGGAGGACGAGGAGGAAGACGAGGAGGAGAGCGAGCCGGAGAAGGAGGCGACGCCGGCGGUAGCGAGCCACGGCAAGAAGAAGACCAAGGACAGCGAGGAGGAGAGCAGCGAGAGCGAGGAGGAGGACGGGAGGACGAAGGAGGAGCGACUGUACGACCGAGCCAAGAGGAGGAUCGAGAAACGGAGAGCAGACAACAUCAGGAACAUCGACCUGGACACUCUGAGGUCUCCGGUGGUUUGUGUGCUGGGCCACGUGGACACGGGGAAGACCAAGAUCCUGGACAAGCUGCGACACACCAACGUUCAGGACGGAGAGGCCGGAGGAAUCACUCAACAGAUCGGAGCCACGAACGUCCCCAAGGAGACGAUCGAGGAGCAGACAAGGAUGGUGAAGAACUUUGAAAAAGAAAACCUCCGGAUCCCCGGCAUGCUGAUCAUCGACACACCGGGUCACGAGUCAUUCAGUAACCUGAGGAACCGGGGCAGCUCCCUGUGUGACAUCGCCAUCCUGGUGGUGGACAUCAUGCACGGCCUGGAGCCCCAAACGCUGGAGUCCAUCAACCUGCUGAAGGAGAAGAAGUGCCCCUUCAUCGUGGCCCUCAACAAGGUGGACCGUCUGUAUGACUGGAAGAGGAGUCCUGAGACGGACAUCGUGACGACCCUGAAGAAGCAAAAGAAGAACACGAAGGACGAGUUCGACGAGCGGACCAAGGCGGUCAUCGUGGAGUUCGCCCAGCAGGGUCUGAACGCCGCCUUGUUCUUCGAGAACAAAGACCCCCGGACCUUCGUGUCGCUGGUCCCCACCUCGGCCCACAGCGGCGACGGCAUGGGGAACCUCAUCGCGCUGCUGGUGGAGCUCACCCAGACCAUGCUGGCCCGCCGGCUGGCGCACUGCGACGAGCUGCGGGCGCAGGUCAUGGAGGUGAAAGCUCUGCCCGGGAUGGGGACCACGAUUGACGUCAUCCUGAUCAACGGGUGCCUUCGCGAGGGAGAGACCAUCAUCGUGCCGGGGGUGGAGGGGCCCAUCGUGACGCAGAUCAGAGGGCUGCUGCUGCCCCCCCCUCUGAAGGAGCUCAGAAUCAAGAGCCAGUACGAGAAGUACAAGGAGGUGUCCACGGCUCAGGGCGUGAAGAUCCUGGGGAAAGACCUGGAGAAGACGCUGGCGGGGCUCCCGCUGCUGGUGGCCUACAAGGACGACGAGAUCCCCGUCCUGAGGGAUGAACUGGUGCGGGAACUCAAACAGACUCUGAGCUGCAUCAAGCUGGAGGAGAAAGGAGUUUACGUCCAGGCGUCAACGCUCGGCUCCCUGGAGGCGCUGCUGGAGUUCCUCCGGACGUCCAAAGUACCUUACGCCGGCAUCAACAUCGGUCCGGUUCACAAGAAGGACGUGAUGAGGGCGUCGACGAUGCUGGAGCACGACCUGCAGUACGCGGUCAUCCUGGCGUUUGAUGUGAAGGUGGAGAGGGAGAGUCAAGAAAUGGCCGACGCUCUGGGGAUCCGGAUCUUCUGGGCUGAGAUCAUCUACCAUCUGUUUGACGCCUUCACCAAGUUCAGAGAGGACUACAAGAAGGCCAAGCAGGACGAGUUCAAAAACAUUGCGGUGUUCCCGGCGAAGCUGCGAGUUCUUCCUCAGUUCAUCUUCAACUCGAGGGAUCCCAUCGUGAUGGGCGUCGUCGUGGACGCCGGCGUCCUCCGACAGGGAACGCCGCUGUGCGUCCCCAGUAAAGGGUUCGUGGACAUCGGCAUCGUGACGAGCAUCGAGAUGAACCACAAGUCCGUUGAGAGCGCCAAGAAGGGCCAGGAGAUCUGCAUCAAGAUUGAGUCCAUCCCCGGGGACUCGCCCAAGAUGUACGGCCGCCAUUUUGAAGCCACCGACAUCCUCGUGAGCAAGAUCACACGAGCGUCCAUCGACGCCCUGAAGAACUGGUUCAGAGACGAGAUGACGAAGAACGACUGGCAGCUGAUCAUGGAGCUGAAGAAGACCUUCGAGAUCAUCUGAGGGACACACACAGACACACACAGACACACAGAGAGACACACAGACACACAGACACACACACAGACACACAGAGACACACACAGAGACACACACAGAGACACACAGACACACACAGACACACACAGAGAGACACACACAGACACACAGACACACACACAGACACACAGAGACACACACAGAGACACACACAGAGACACACAGACACACACAGACACACACAGAGAGACACACAGACACACACAGACACACACAGACACACACAGAGAGACACACAGACACACACAGAGACACACAGAGAGACACACACAGAGACACACAGAGACACACACAGACACACACAGACACACAGAGAGACACACAGACACACAGACACACACACAGACACACAGAGACACACACAGAGACACACACAGAGACACACAGACACACACAGACACACACAGAGAGACACACAGACACACACAGACACACACAGACACACACAGAGAGACACACAGACACACACACAGAGACACACAGAGACACACAGAGACACACAGAGACACACACAGAGACACACACAGAGACACACAGAGACACACACAGACACACACAGAGAGACACACAGACACACACAGAGACACACAGAGAGACACACACAGAGACACACAGACACACAGAGACACACACAGAGAGACACACAGAGACACACAGAGAGACACACACAGAGACACACAGAGAGACACACAGAGAGACACACAGAGAGACACACACAGAGACACACACAGAGACACACAGAGAGACACACAGACACACACAGAGAGACACACAGAGACACACAGAGAGACACACACAGAGACACACAGAGAGACACACAGAGACACACACAUACACACACAUACACACACAGAGAGACACACAGAGACACACAGACACACAGACACACACACAGACACAAAGACACAGAGACACAGACACACACAGACACACACACACACAGAGACACACACACAGACACAGACACACACACAGAGACACACAGACACACAGAGACACACAGACACACACAGACACAGACACACACACAGAGACACACAGACACACAGAGACACACAGACACACACAGACACAGACACACACACACACACUCCCGUCGAUGAUGCUGGAAAAAGGAAACGGGGAAAGUUGUUCUGUGAGAAACGAACAGUUUUUUCCACUGACGUGAACAGAACACACACACAGACACACACACACACAGAGACACACACACACACACACAGUAUUCCAACGUGCCUGUUCUUCAGCAUCAACGUUGUUAUUAUUUCUUCUUCUCUGGUUUGUGGCUGCUGCUUCGGGUCCCAGGAUCCGGCCCCGCCCCUCUUUCCCCCAGACUUAACGAGGAGCCAAACCCAGGUGCAUUGUGGGUAUGAAGCGGCAGCCGGGCCGUACAGACCAAAGUCAAUGAAGCGUUGACUUUAAAAGACUUUCAGGAGGUUUUAAACUGUUUGUGCUGAUUAAUAAACUCUCAUGAUUCUGAUGAAACUUGAA